GUCCUGAGUAAAGCAACUUUUUUGAUAUGCAACUACAGUUCAACUGACAAAACAUUUCAGCCAUGAGCGGAAAGGGCUGCCAGCUCCUGGUGUCUCCAUGCAACGUGUCCCCGUCACUGAGCAUGAUCGCGGGACACCAGUCCAUCAGGAUCCCCAUGUCCCCCUCGCCGCGGCCCAAUCUGAGUCCCUCCUCGGGAACGGAACAGCAAAAAAAAGGAGACGUUCACUCCCUGGCCUCUGGGAACCAGAGCAGGAGCCUCGUGGUUCUGCCAACCCUGAGCCUCCGCAGGCAGGUGCUGACUUACGGGAAACAUCUAAACAUGCCCACUGCAUCGCCACAACAGCAAGUACCCACUCAUCAUCCUCCCACCACAACAGUGACAAGUACCACUCGGACGAAACUGUGCUCCUCAAACAGCAGCUUCAGAGCAGGUUGCCCUGUGUCUGAACACACCAUGGAGGUAUUUGGUCAAGCAGCUGCUUCUAACCUGACAGUGACUUCUGUCAAAGGCCAGACAUUUCCUCCACCUAGUUUACAUGGUGUAACGGUUCCCCACACUGACGCCAGGUCCUUACUGUCCAGAGAAUCCCUGGCAUCCACUACCCUCAGUCUGUUUGAAACACAGUCAGUGUUUAGUGGAAGACAUGACUGGCCAUAUGGCUACCGUGUGCUCCCUCCGCUGGGACCACCUCAGUGCUCCACCCAGGCCAGCGAGGGAGGCGAGCAGCUCAGCGUCUCACCAGGCACGGCCAUGUCUGGCACAACUGUAUCAGGAGGCACGAGCACCUCUGCGUCCCUGCCUUCGUACCUGUUUGCAGCUGACGCUGGAAGCCCCAGGCCGUCUCGUGCCAAGAAAAGAGCUCUCUCCAUGUCGCCUUUGUCGGAUGUCAUGGGAACUGAUUUCAACUCAAUCAUACGCACGUCGCCCACCUCACUCGUGGCUUAUAUCAAUGGUUCCCGCUGCUCUCCAGCCUCCCACUCCACACUCUCACCUGUCCAGUCUGAGGGUUAUGGUCACUUCCUGGGUGUGAAAGGGCGCUGUAUCCCCCACUCCCAUCCUUACAGCAUGCCGUGCUUUUCCAGGGCUAUGGCCCCACAGACAGUGUGCGGCCGUAUGCAGGUGCUCGAAGAGGCCGGGGGUCUGGAGAGCCAGAUGGCUAAUAUGGUGGUGGAGCAGCAGUGCCUCCCAGAGGACGGUGGGGCGCUGGGGAGGACUUUAGAGAGCUGCAGCCAAACCUCCAACAACCUGCUGACACCUUCACAGUUACAGCCAGCUCUGCUGACCACAGCUCCACAGGGGCCUCCGCCACCUUACCACUCCCACCAGCAUGUUCAUCUCUCCAGCCGUCACUGCAGAGUAAAGCCCUCAUCUCAGGACCCUCUCACACAGGCUCCCAUGCUUCCUCCAAGGCACGGGAUGGGCUUUUUACCCCAGGUCCCAAUGCUGGAGGAAGAAGAAGGAGAGCUGGAGGACUAUGAGGCCCUUUGCUGCAAGUGGUUGGACUGCAGUGCAGUGUAUGACCGAAAGGAGGAGCUGGUGAGGCACAUAGAGAAGCUGCAUGUGGAUCAGCGGAAGGCAGAGGAUUUCACUUGCUAUUGGUUGGGCUGCCCACGCAACUUCAAGCCCUUCAACGCCCGAUACAAGCUUCUCAUCCACAUGAGGGUCCAUUCAGGAGAGAAACCCAACAAGUGCACGUUCGAGGGCUGCAAGAAGGGUUUCUCUCGGCUGGAAAACCUGAAGAUCCACCUGCGCAGCCACACGGGGGAGAAGCCCUACACGUGUCAGCACCCGGGCUGCCACAAGGCCUUCAGCAACUCCAGUGACCGCGCCAAACACCAGCGCACACACCUGGACACAAAGCCGUAUGCGUGCCAGGUGCCUGGCUGUGCCAAGCGUUACACUGAUCCCAGCUCCUUGAGGAAACACGUGAAAUCCCACUCCUCUAAAGAGCGACAUUUACGGAAGAAGAUGAGAUCUGCAGCUGGUGUGACCCAGGACCCACUGACAGACUGUUUAACCAUCCACGCUCUGCAGCCAAGCCUCUCUCCUCUGGCAAGGACAGACAACUUAAACCCGUCCCCUGGUGCAUCCUAUGAGUCAUACUCUGCUGCUCCACAAGGACAAGACUCCACCAGCAAUCCUCACCUGACUCUGUUUGGCUCCUUACAAGAUAAUUACAGGUUUGUUGAUCCUUCCCCUCACCAGCUCUUCCCUGGGGACCAGCGUGGCUCUUGCUCUUCCACCUGCCUCCCGCUUCCUCCCAAUGGGGCAUCCCUGCAGAACAGCCGGGAUCUGAAGCAGCCGAGCAGGCCUCCUGAUCUUGCAGAUCACAAUCCGGAGCUCUCAGGGCAGAUGAAGAUGCUUUAUUCUCCUCCACAAUAUGGCGGGAUCACAGCAGAGACCAGUUCGAGUCAGCUGAUGCAAGUUGAUGCCUUUGGUGACAGCCUCGCUCCAGCAGUCAAUAAUCCCAGUGGGGUGGCAACCACACAAACGACUCUUCCCUGCAUUGCAGAGUUUAAUAUCCCCAGCCAAGUGCACAAUGUGACUCCUAAUCAAGACUUUCAUGGAGGAGAUUUCUUCACUGGGGCCGACCACUUCACAAGUCAGGUCUCCUGCAUCUACACAGAAGGAUGAUAUUGCUCAAUAGCGGGAUUUUUUAUUUGCUCCUUUGCACCAUUUUGUGUCCCUGUUCCAUUUAUGUCAAAUGGUCAAUAUAAGAAGAACAGCAGCAGCUUCAUUCAGCGAAAAAUAAAGAAAGAUUUGAUGAUAAAUAACAAUCGAAGACGUGGCUCCCUGGGUUAUAUUGCACUGACGUUAUUGACUCUCACAUUCUAAAUAUAAGUUUGUCUCUCUCUUUGUGUCUCCCUCUUUGUCUAAAUCUCUGUAAAUGUACCAUCUGACUCAACACUCUGGCUCCGUGAUCGAUGUAUAGUAACGACUGAGCCGACCAGAAUUUAAUGUUUACUUUUUCUGUUUUUGUGCAGCUCGUGUGUGCUUCUGCUGACAUUUUGCUAAAUAUUCAACACUGCAAUCACAGCAAAGUAUGCAAGGGAUCAUUUAUCAAGUUUUCUUCUUAGAACCACGGCUUUGUAACUAUAGUAACAAGACAGCCUUACCAUUUCACUGUAAUGCUCAUAGACACAACCUGAAUAUACAGUAGCACUGUGCUAUGAGGGCUGCUGUGCCUCCAUCAUUAGCCGCAUUUUAUUUUAUUUUAUUUGCUGUGAACUACUUUCUUUUCAGAGCUGACCCUUUUUGAAAGCGACAAAGUGCUGUACAUUCUGCAGCCACUUAUAUUUAUGUUACGUAAAUGAACUUAUGGAGACUGCAAAACUUGCUUGAGAUCAGAAAACUGUAAUGGUGAUUAUAUCAUUUAUUCCAUUGUUUUGCAUUGCAGUGCACUUUUACUUCCAAUCCAUACUUGCAGCUGUAUUACCAUGCAACCUUCACACAUACAAGUUUUUUAAAAAAAGGAGACUUGACGGUCACCAAUAACCCGAAACGAAAGAAAAAUGACCAACAGCAAUAUGUUUUAUAUGAUGUGAGGUAAAUGUUUUAUAGUAAACUGACUAAAUUAUGCAAAAAAUGCUGUUUGGCCUUCACUUUUGUAUACAUUUGUAAUAGAUCAGGAAAAGGAAUUAAAUCAUUUUCCAUUUUUUGUCAGUUGCCAGACCUUGUUUCUCUCAGUAAUAUGAAGUUGU